UUAUUAUUUUAGGGGCACAGUAUGAGCCCGGCGCUAGUGAAUGCGCCGCACCAGGACUCCAACCAAGUCAGAAUAGACAACAACAACUGUUGGGAGAGUAUCCGCCAAGACGGAUUGACAAAUACCGAGGCGGUCCAAAUAUACAAAGAAGAAUGACUCAGAGAGAGGAUGUGCUCAAGUUUGAGCAGGGAAGGAUAAAAGCCCUGCAAGAAGAACGUUUACAUAUACAAAAAAAAACAUUUACAAAAUGGAUCAACUCAUUUUUAUUAAAGGCGAGAAUGGAAGUAGAGGAUUUGUUUACCGAUCUUGCGGAUGGAAAAAAAUUGUUAAAACUUUUGGAAAUAAUAUCCGGAGAAAGGUUGGCUAAACCAAACAAUGGACGUAUGCGAGUUCACAAAAUUGAAAACGUCAACAAAUCACUGGCAUUUCUUCACACUAAGGUACGAUUGGAAAGUAUUGGAGCAGAAGAUAUUGUUGAUGGAAAUCCAAGAUUAAUAUUAGGUUUGAUAUGGACAAUUAUUCUAAGGUUCCAAAUUCAAGAAAUAGAAAUAGAUGUUGAUGAAGAAAAUGAAAGCAGUGAAAAAAAAUCAGCCAAAGAUGCUCUGUUACUUUGGUGUCAAAGAAAAACAAAUGGUUAUCCACAUGUCAAUAUCCAAGAUUUUACAGGUUCUUGGAGAAGUGGUCUUGGUUUUAAUGCCCUUAUCCACGCUCACAGGCCAGAUUUGGUCAAUUGGUCAGAAUUACAGCAAACACGACACAUUGAUAAUCUUAAUUAUGCAUUUGAUGUGGCAAAUACAGAACUUGGUAUUCCACGACUUCUUGAUGCUGAGGAUGUAGAUACUGCUAGACCAGAUGAAAAAUCAAUAAUGACAUAUGUUGCCUCAUAUUAUCAUACAUUUGCACGAAUGAAAAAUGAAAUAAAAAGUGGUAAAAGAAUAGCUAAUAUUGUUGGACAAAUGAUGGAUGCUGAUAAAAUGAAAAUUCAUUAUGAAAAAUUAACGGCUAAUUUAUUAGAAUGGAUAAAACUUAAAAUAACAGUACUUGAAAAUAGAAAUUUUCCAAAUUCAUUGGAGGGUAUUCAACGUCAAUUAUUAGGAUUUAAACAGUAUAGAACUAUUGAAAAGCCACCAAAAUAUAAAGAACGUUCUGAAAUAGAAGCACUAUAUUUUCACAUAAAUACACAAUUAAAAUCAUUAAAUCAACCGGCAUUUAUACCACAAGAGGGACAAUUAAUUCAAGAUAUUGAAAGAAAUUGGGUUGAAUUAGAGCGUGCUGAGCAUAGACGUGAAGUAGCAUUACGUACUGAAUUAUUACGACAAGAAAGAUUAGAACAGCUUAAUUAUAAAUUUGAAAAAAAAAGUGUAUUAAGAGAGGGUUAUCUUAAAGAGAUGAUACAAGUAUUAUCAGAUCCACGUUACGGUAGUAAUAUUUCUCAAGUAGAUGCUACUGUUAAAAAACAUGAAGCUAUAAGUGCUGAUAUAUUAGCACGUGAAGAACGUUUUCAUGAUUUAACAAAUAUGUCUGAAGAACUUGUUAGAGAAAAUUAUCAUGGAUUGGAGAGAGUUAAAAUACGUGAACAGGAGGUACUUGAAAGAUGGAAACAAUUAUUAUCACUUUUAGAUAAUCAUAAAUUAAAUUUAACAGCAUUAUCAUCAUUAAUGAGUUUAAUGAGAGAAAUAGAUACAACAUUGGCAAGUAUACAAGAAUUACAAAUAAAUUUUCAAAGUACAGAUGUUGGUCCUCAUUUAUUAGGUGUUGAAGAUUUAUUACAAAAGCAUAGUUUACAAGAGCUUCAAGUAACAGCACUUGGUGAAACACAACGACGUCUUGGUAGACAAGCUGGACAACAUUUAACAUCUCAAAAAAAUUUAACUAAAGAAUUACCUUUAUUAGAAAAAAAAUUAUCAACAUUAAAUACUGCAUAUAAUUAUUUAAUUGAAAAUAGUAAAGAACGUAAAGUUAGAUUGGAGGAUGCAAGAAAUUUUUUUCAUUUUCUACAAGAUCAUGAGGAUGAAGAAUCAUGGCUUAUUGAAAAACAACGUAUAUGUAAAGCCGGUAUAUCUGCUAAAGAUUUACGUGCUGUUAUAUCAUUACAACAAAAACAUAAAGCAUUACAAGAUGAAAUGAAAGUUAGACGUCCUAAAUCAGAGCAACUUUGUAGUGCUGGUAUUAAAUUAAUUGAUGAUAAUCAUCCAUCGGCUAUUGAAAUAAAAAAUCGUAUUGAAUCACUUCAAGAGCAUUGGAAAGUACUUGAAGAAUUAGCUGGAUUAAGAAAAAAACAAUUAGAUGAUGCUGCUGAAGCAUUUCAAUAUUAUACAGAUGCUAAUGAAGCUGAUUCAUGGAUUAAUGAAAAAAUGGCCCUAGUAACAUCACAAGAUUAUGGUGUUGAUGAACCAAGUGCGCAAGCAUUAUUACAAAGGCAUAAAGAUUUACAGGGUGAACUUAAUGCUUAUAAAGGUGAUGUACAAUCAUUAAAUAUUCAAGCUGAUAAAUUAAUAAAAGCUGGUAUAUCAACAUUAGAAUUAUCAACUGAUCCAGAGCCAGUUGCUGAACUUGAACAAGAUGAAUGGAGACAAGAAACACGAUUAAUACCACAAGAUGAAUGGGUUGAUGAAAUUCAUGAACGUGUUGAAACACGUACUGUACUUGAAGAUAGACUUGUACCACAAGUUAAAAGUUUAUAUCCAUUUAAUGGUCAAGGUAUGACUAUGGCUAAAAAUGAAAUAAUGUUUUUAUUAAAUAAAACAAAUCCUGAUUGGUGGAAUAUUAGAAAAUCAGAUGGUACUGAUGGUUUUGUUCCAGCUAAUUAUGUACGUGAAAUAGAACCUAAAAUAAUUCAAGUACAAGUAAGAAGACCUGAAAAGGUACGUAUUGUACAGCGUGUUAAAAAAACAAAAAUGGUUAAUCAAAUAGUACCUGUUAGACGUGUUAAAUCUAUUAAAUCAGCAGUUAAACCAAUAAAACGUAAAGUAAUAACUAAUGAUAGUGAUAAUGUUGAAAAAAGGCAAAAAAAAAUAAAUGAUACUUAUGAUGAAUUAAAUAAAUUAGCUAUUAAACGUCAUGCAUUAUUGGAAGACGCUAUAAGACUUUAUGGUUUUUAUCGUGAAUGUGAUGAUUUUGAAAAAUGGAUUAAAGAUAAAGAAAAAAUGUUAAGAGCUGAUGAUUCACGUGAUAAUGUUGAAACUGCUAAAAGAAAAUAUGAAAAAUUUUUAACCGAUCUUUCGGCAUCUGGUAAACGCGUUGAAGCUAUUGAUGGAUCAGUUAAUGAAUUUGUUAAACAGGGUCACAGUAAAUUAGAUAAAGUUAAAUCACGUCAAAAGCAUAUUCAUCAACUUUGGGAUCAUUUAAAUUGGUUAAAAGCUCAAAAAGAAAAAAGUUUAGAGGGUGCUUCUAGUGUUGAACUUUUUAAUCGUACUUGUGAUGAAGCACACGAUUGGAUGCAUGAAAAAAUAACUCAAUUAGAUACUGCUGAAUUAGGUCCUGAUUUAAAAACAGUUCAAGCAUUACAGCGUCGUCAUCAACAUUUAGAACGUGAAUUAGCUCCUGUUGAAGAAAAAGUACGUAAAGUUAAUUUAUUAGCAAAUAGUGUUAAAAGUUCAUAUCCAAAUGAACAUAAAAAUGUUGAUGAUAGACAAAAUCAAAUAAAACAAUUAUGGAAUAAAGUACAAUCAAAAGCUAAAGAACGUCGUUCACGUUUAGAAGAUGCUGUUGGUCAACAAAUAUUUAUUAAUAGCUCUAAAAGUUUAAUUAAUUGGGCAUUAGAUGUUAAACAAGCUAUUAAAUCUGAUGAAUCAGUAAGAGAUGUUGAAACUGCUGAAAAAUUAAAAAAACAACACACUGAUCUUGGUGAAGAAAUAAAAACACGUAAAGAUGAAUUUAGUGAAGUUGAACAACUUGGUACACAAUUAUUACAACGUAAUUCUGGUUUAACAGAUAUUAAAGAACGUUUAGAUAAACUUGAUGGUUUAUAUAAAAAUUUAAUAUCUAAUUGGAAUAUUAAAGAUUAUUGGCUUAAUCAGUGUCUUGAUUUACAAUUAUUUAAUCGUGAAGCUGAUCAAAUAGAAGCAACAACAAGCUCUCAUGAAGCAUUUCUUGAAUUUAUUGAUCUUGGUGAAUCACUUGAUGACGUUGAAGCGUUAUUAAAACAACAUAUUAAAUUUGAAAAUACAUUAAAUGCUCAAGAUGAACGUCUUAAAGCAUUUAGUGAUACUGCUGAUCGUUUAAUUCAACAAAAUCAUUAUGAUAAAAAUUAUAUUAAUGAUAAACGUAAUCAAGUAUUAACACGACGUGCUGCUGUUAAAGAUGCUGCACAAAUAAGACAAUCUAAAUUAAAAGCUUCUGAAUAUUAUCAACAAUUUUCAGCUGAAGUUGAUGAUUUACGUGAUUGGCUUGGUGAUAAAAUGAAAGUUGCUGCUGAUGAAAGUUAUCGUGAUUUAAAUAAUUUAGAACGUAAACUUCAAAAGCAUGAAGCAUUUGAACGUGAAUUACGGGCCAAUGAAGGACAAUUACGUGCUGUUAAUAAAGCUGGUAAAGUUUUAAUAUCUGAACAAAAUUAUCGUUCCAAUGAUGUUAAUCAAACAUUAAAAGAUCUUAAUAAUCAAUGGAAUCGUUUGGUUGAAUUGUCAUUGGAAAAAGGCCGUAGACUUCGUCAAGCAGCAUCACAACAUGGUUAUAAUAAAACAAUGGAAGAUGCUAAAUUAAAACUUGAAGAAAUAAAAACAUCACUUCAAAGUAAACAAGUUGGCGUUGAUUUAAGAAGUUGUAAAGAAUUAUUAAAAAAACAUCAAAUUUUGGAAACGGAUAUGUCACAGUGGGAACUUAAAGUUGAUGAUUUAGUAGCAAUGGGUCAAGAAAUGGCUCACGAAGGACAUUUUGAUGCUAAAAAUAUUUUAAAAAGUAGUCAAGCUACACAAUUAAAGUUUCGUAGUUUAAAAAUACCAGCUAAAAAAAGACGUGAAGCACUAGAAGAAAGUUUACGUUUUCAUAAAUUUAGAUUUGAACUUGACGCUGAAUUACACUGGAUUAAGGAUCAUCAACCACAGGCAUCAUCAACUAUGCUUGGACAAAAUCUUCAUCAAGCUCAAACACUCCAUAAAAAACAUAAAAAAUUAGAGGCUGAAAUAAUUGGUCAUCAACCAAUGAUUGAUAAAGCACUUGCAACUGGUCAAGGACUUAUUGAUCAAUCUCAUCCAGAAAGAAAAAAGACGGUAGAACUUGAAUUAGAUUCUUACAACGGAAUAGUUACGGAAAUGGGUCACACAGCAGCGGCAAUGGUUAACGCUAAACAUCCAGACAGUAAAGCUAUUGCUUCGAAACAACAAGCAAUUGCACAGCAAAUGCGUGCACUUCAAAGAUUAGCAAUAACAAGACAACAAAGACUGAUGGAGAGUAUGUAUCGUCAUGAAUAUUUCCUUGAAAGUCGUGAAUUAGAGCAGUGGAUUAAAGAACAAGAACAAGCUGCUGGUUCUGAAGAUUAUGGGCAUGAUUAUGAGCAUUUAUUAAUUUUACAAACUAAAUUUAAUGAUUUUAAACAUCGUAUUGAAGCUGGUUCUGAAAGAUUUAAUCAGGAAUCAUGGCAACACUUGUUGGGAUUAAUACGUCAUCGUGAACAACGACUUCAAGCUGCUGGUGAAAUUCAUCGUUUUCAUCGAGAUGUUGCUGAAAUUUUAUCACGAAUUCAAGAAAAAGAAGCAGCUCUUCCAGAAGAUUUAGGACGUGAUUUAAAUUCAGUAUUGGCACUUAUUAGACGUCAUGAAGGAUUUGAAAAUGAUUUAGUAGCAUUGGAAGCACAACUUCAAGUAUUGGUUGAAGAUUCAUCUAGAUUACAAAGUUUAUAUCCAGGUAAUAAUGCAUCUCACAUUGAUCAACAGCAACAAAUAGUAUUAUCCAAUUGGGAAGAAUUAAAAGAAAAAUCAGCAAAUCGCCGAGAUCAAUUACAAGCUAGUUGUGAUUUACAACGAUUUUUAACUCAAUUACGUGAUUUAAUGAAUUGGGCAGCUGGAUUACGUGCUGGAUUGUCAACAGAAGAUAAAGUACGUGAUGCUGCUAGUGCUCAAAUUUUUAAAGCUGAACAUGAAGCAUUAAAAGGUGAAAUAGAAGCUAGAGAAGAUAGUUUUAGUUCUGUUCUUGAUCUUGGUGAAGCAAUGAUAAAAAAUGUCCAUUAUGCUGUUAAUGAAGUUGAAGAAAAAUGUAAUCAAUUAUUAGAAGAACGUGAAAAACUUCAUACUGCUUGGCAGGAUAAAAAAAUUCAUCUUGAUCAGCUUAUUGAUUUACAUUUUUUUUUACGUGACGCUAAACAAUUGGAUAAUUUAUCAGCAACACAAGAGGCUGCAUUGAGUUGUGAUAAUUUUGGUGUUUCUGUUGAAGAAAUAGAUGGACAAGUUAAAAAGCAUAAUGAAUUUGAAAAAUUACUUGUUACACAAGAAGAAAAAUUAUUAUCUCUUAAAGAACAGGGUAAUAAACUUAUACAACAAAAACAUUUUGAUUCAAAAAUAAUAUCUAAACGUUUACAGGAGGUAUCUGAUAAACGUGGUAAAAUUCAUCAAUUGUGUAAUACACGUCGUAAUAAAUUAGAAGCAAGUUUACUUCAUGUACAAUUUAUUCGUGAUGUUGGUGAGGCUGAAUCUUGGAUUGGUGAAAAACAAAAAAAAUUAGAAGCUGAAGCAUCUAAAGGUCAAGUAUUGAGUUUAGAGGAUAAAAUAAAAAAAUUACAAAAACAUCAAGCAUUUCAAGCUGAAUUGGCUGCUAAUCAAAGUAGAAUUGAAGAAAUAAAAAAUAAAGGUGAAACAUUAAUAACACAAAAUCAUCCAUCUAGUAAUGAAAUUCAUAAUCAAUUGGAACAAUUACAAGGUACAUGGGGUAAAUUAUUAAUUGUUUCUGGUAAUCGUGGUAGAGGUUUAGAAGAAGCACAAGAUAUACUUGAAUUUAAUAAUCAAGUUGAAAAAAUAGAAUCAUGGAUUCGUGAUAAAGAAAUGAUGGUACAAGCUGGUGAUACUGGUAAAGAUUAUGAACAUUGUUUAAGUUUACAACGUAAAUUAGAUGAUGUUGAUAGUGAUAUGAGAGUUGAUGAUACUAGAAUAAAAUCAAUAAAUUCAUUAGCUGAUAAACUUAUUAAACAAGGCCAUGAUGAUGAAUCUAAAGGAAUAAAACAGCGACGUGAUAAUGUUAAUAAAAAAUGGAAAAAUCUUCAGGGUGCAUUAACUAAUUAUAGAUCAAUAUUAGCUGGUGCUUUAGAAAUUCAUUUAUUUAAUCGUGAUAUUGAUGACACAAGUCAACGUGUUAUUGAAAAAUCAUUAGCUAUGAAUACUAAUGAUGUUGGUAAAGAUUUAGCUGCUGUUGAACAUUUACAACGUAAACAAGAAGCUAUGGAACGUGAUAUGACUGCUAUUGAAGGUAAAUUAAAAGAACAUAAAGCCGAGGCUAUUAAAUUAUCAUCUAAAUAUAUAGAUAAUGCACAACAAAUAAAUUCUAUAUUUUAUAAUCUUGAAUCUAAUUGGGAUGAAUUACAACAUUUAACUAAACACAGGCGUGAUGUUUUAAAUCAAGCUUAUACUUUACAUAAAUUUCAAGGUGAUUUACAUGAAGUUGAAAUAUGGAUUAAAGAUACUAUUAAACGUAUGAAUGAAUCUGGUGCUCCAACAACUAUUUCUGAAGCUGAAGCACUUUUAGAACUUCAUCAGGAAAGAAAAGCUGAAAUAGAUGGUCGUAAAGAUAUGAUUAAAGCUCUUGAUGAUCAUGGUCAAAAAUUAAUAAAUAUUGAUCGACAAGUUAAACAAAGUCUUGAACAUUUAAAAAAUAUUAAUUCAGGAUUAGUUGACGCUUGGAGUGAAAGAAGAGAAAAAUUAAUGCAAGCCUAUCAUUUACAACAAUUUAAAGAACAAGCUGAUCAAGCAGAUAGUUGGUUAACAACUAAAGAAGCAUUUCUUAAUAAUGAUGAUUUAGGUGAAUCAUUAUCCGGAGUUGAAACUUUAAUACGUAAACACAGUGAAUUUGAAAAAAUGUUAUUAUCACAAUUAGGACGUAUUGAUGAAUUAGAAAUAUUUGCUAAUAAAAUAAUAAUUAAUAAAAAUUCAAUUGACGCUGAUAUUAUUAAAACAAAAUUAAUAUCUGUAUGUUUAAGACGUGAUAAAUUAAAAGAUAAUUCAACAAUAAGAAUGAAAAAAUUAAUAGAAAGUCGUCAAUUGCAUAAAUUUUUAAGAAAUAUUUAUGAAGUUGAAGGUUGGUUACAUCAAAAACAACAAGUUGCUGGUGAUGAAAAUUAUCGUGAUUCAACAAAUUUACAAAGUAAAAUUCAAAAACAUUUAGCUUUUGAGAGUGAAUUAAUAGCUAAUCGUGGACGUAUAAGUGGUAUUAUAACUGAAGGUGAAAAUUUAAUUGAAAAUAAUCAUUAUGCUUGUAAAGAAAUUCAAGAUCGUUUAGAGGAUUUAGAAUCUGAAUGGAGAAUUUUACAAGAAACUAGUCAACUUAAAAAAAAUCGUUUAAAUGAUGCUUAUCAAGCAUUAUUAUUUGGUCGUACAUUGGAUGAAUUUGAAACAUGGAUGGAUGAUAUUGAAAUACAAUUACAAUCUGAAGAUCACGGUAAAGAUUUAUCAAGUGUUGCUAAUUUAUUAAAAAGACAUACUAAUUUAGAAAAUGACGUUCUUGGUCAUAAUGAAGCAUGUGAAUCUAUUAAAGAAACUGCUAAUAAUUUUAAAAAAACAAAACACUUUAUGUGUGAUGAAAUAAGUGAAAGAGCACAAGCUUGUGUUAAUAAAUAUCAUGGACUUCAAGAGCCUAUUCAAAUAAGACGUGAUAAUUUAGAGGAUGCUAAAUUACUUAAUCAAUUUUUAAGAGACAUUGAGGAUGAAUUUCAUUGGUUAUCAGAAAAAGAACCCCUAGCUGCUAGUAAUGAUUUAGGUAAUUCAUUGAUGACUGUACAAAGAUUACAAAAAAAACAUCAAGCUCUUGAAGCAGAACUUAUUUCACGUGAACCUGUUGUUGCUUCAUUGGCAGCUCGUGCUGCUGGUAUGAUAAGAACUGGUCAUUUUGCAUCUGAUAAAAUAGAUUUAUCAAUACAAGAAUUACAAAAAAAAUUAAUAAAUAUACGAGAUUUUGCCAGUGUUAGAAAAUUACGGCUUCUUGAUGCUGUUGAAUCACAAAUGUUUUAUGCUGAAGCUGGUGAAGCUGAACAAUGGAUUAAAGAAAAAUAUCCUCAAUUAACAUCCAGUGAUUAUGGUAAAGAUGAAGAUUCUGUAGAAUCUUUAUUAAAAAAAUUAGAGGAUCUUGAACGUGAUUUAUCAUCUUUUGAAACAACUAUUGAUAAUUUAAAUAAAUUAUCACAAGGUUUAAUAAAUCGUAAUCAUUUUGAUAGUAAUAAUAUUCAACAAAAACAAAAUGAUAUUAAACAAAAAUUUAUAGAAUUAAAAAAAUUACGUGAUUUUAGAUUACAUAGAUUACUUGAAAGUGAAAAAUUAUUUUUAUUUAUACGUAAAGCUGAUGAAGUUAUUGAAUGGAUUGGUGAUCAAACAACAGUUGCUGCAUCUGAAGAUUAUGGACGUGAUGUUGAACACGUUGAAUUAUUAAUUCAAAUAUUUGAUAACUUUUUAAGUGGUUUAACUGCCAGUGAAAGCCGUGUAUUUAUGAUUAUAGAAGCUGGUGAAAAAUUAAUUCAAGAAAAAAAUCCUGAAAAUAUUAAAAUACGUAAUAAAAUAGAUGAAAUUAAACAACAGUGGGAUGAUUUAAAAGAAUUAGCUCAUGCUAGACAAGAAGCACUGGCUGGUGCUAAACAAGUUCAUAUGUUUGAUAGAACAGCCGAUGAAACAAUAUCAUGGAUUCAAGAAAAAGAGGCCAGUUUGAGUGCUGAUGGUUAUGGGCAUGAUCUUGAAACAAUUCAAGCUCUUGUACGUAAACAUAAAGGAUUUGAAACUGAUUUAGCGGCUGUUAAAGAGCAAGUUGAAUCUGUUAUGGCUGAAGCAUCAAGACUUGCUGAAUUAUUUCCUGAUGCACGUGAACAUAUUGCGGUUAAACAUGAAGAAGUUGAUGAAAGUUGGAAUGAAUUGUUAGAAAAGGCAGCACAAAGACAAAAUAAACUUACACAAGCUGAACAGCUUGAGGCUUAUUUUGAUGAAUACAGAGAUUUAUCAUUUUGGAUUAAUGAAAUGAUUGCUAAAGUAACAGCACCAGAAUUAGCACGUGAUGUUCCUGGUGCUGAAAUAUUGAUAUCUCGACACAAUGAAUAUAAAGUUGAAAUAGAUUCUCGGCAGGAUGAAUUUUAUAAAUUUAAUAAAACAGGUAAUGCUUUAAUUAAACAGGGUCACUUUUUAUCUAAAGAAAUAAAAGAUAAAAUUUCUGUUCUUGAAAAUAAAAAACAAACAUUAAUAGAUACAUGGGAUAAACGUAAAUUAAUAUAUGAACAGAAUUUAGAUACACAAAUAUUUAAACGUGAAGCUGAAACACUUGAAAAUUGGAUAAUAAGUCGUGAACCAAUGCUUAAUGAUAAUAAUCUUGGUGAUACAAUACCACAAGUUGAAGAUUUAAUACGAAAGCAUGAAGAUUUUGAAAAAACAAUUGAAGCACAGGAGGAUAAAUUUAAAUCUCUUAAACGUAUAACAUUGUUAGAACGUCAAUUUCAAAAACAACAACAAGCUGAAUUAGUAGCACGUCAAGCUGAAAAAGAACGUAUUGAACGUGUACGUAUUGAAGAACGUAAGAAAAAAGAAGUACAACGUAUUACUGAAGAACGUAAACGGGAAGAAGAAAGACGUAAAUUAGACAAUAAUUCUCAUAAUCGUAGUGGUGGUGGUGGUACUACUAACGAUAUUGUUAAUGGUAAUGCUCAAUCAUCUACUGAUAAUAACAAUACUCAAAACAACAACAACAACAACAACAACAACAACAAUAAUGAAUCAGUAGUUAAUCGUUUAUCACCAUUAAAAAUAACCCAAGAAUCAUCAACUUCAGGUAUGAAUCCUUCAUCAAAAUUACACGGUAUUUCUCAUGUAUUUGGUGAUCGUUUAAAACGUACAACGUUACCUGAUAUUAAACGUGCCGAGAGUAUGAAAAUUGAUACUAAAAAACCUAAACGAACACCUAGCUUUACAACCAGACGACGAACUCAAAGUUUCCGUAAACAUCAACGUAUGGAAAAUAUGGAUCCACUGAGUCCUGUUGAAAUUCAAGGUAUACUUGAACGUAAACAUGAAUUACAAAGUGGUGGUAAAAAAGCAGCUAUAAGAUCAUGGAAACAAUAUUUUACUGUACUUUGUGGACAAUUGUUGUGUUUCUUUAAGGAUUACAGUGAUUUUUCAUUGAGUAAAGCUUCUACUGCUCCAAUAACUAUUUACAAUGCCACGUGUGAAAAAGCUGAUGAUUAUACAAAACGUAAACACGUAUUUCGUCUUAGAUGUACUGAUGGUUCUGAAUUUUUAUUCCUUGCUUCUAAUCAACAGGAAAUGGAAGACUGGGUUAAUAAAAUUUUAUUCCACGCUAGAUUACCACCAAGUAUGCAGCUAUUAAAGUAUGAUGAAUCACAAAAAGAUGAUUUAGAUAGAUUAAAAACUAUAACACCUGAUCAAGUUAUUGGUGAUGAUAAUGCUUCUACUGGAAGUAGUCAUUUAUCAACUCCUGAAUUUGAACGUAAAAAUUCAGUUAUACGUCGAGAUAUACAACCAACUACUCAAGAUUUAUCUACUGUUAAUCCGACUCAUUCUUUGUCAUCCUCCUCAUCAUCCAGCAAUGUUCAAAUUGAAUUUUUACAAAAACACCGGCAAGCUCAACAAAUCCGUGGAACUAGAAAUUAUUCAGAAUUAAUGUCUGGUGAAUCUAUAUCACAACCGCAAACUGAAUUUUUACAAAAACAUAAAAACCAACAGCAGCAACAGUUGAUUCAUCAUGAACAAUUGGCGGCAAGUCAAAGAGAUCAAUAUCAAACUCCACCAGUUCCACCUAGAGGAGCACCACCCCCAAUUCCUGUAAGAUCGCCCAGUACAGAUAAUGUUACUCCGCUAAGACGUAAUGAUGUCGAGCAGUAUGUGCCACCAACGAGACCACAGUCUUUUCAACAUAAAAGUUCACCGUUAAAUCACAAUGGUUCAGAGGGAUAUACUAAUGAUAAUACAACACGGCACCGACCAGGAAGUAUGGAUUUCACUUCACAACCACAAGAAAUAGCACCUCCCUUACCAUCGAGUGAACCACCGACCAACAUAGAUAAACAGAAUAUUCAAGAUCCUGUUUAUGGAAACACAGUUAAUAUGAGACAGAGUGGACAACAAACGACAAAUUCGUUUAGUAGUAGACCGACAUCGUUACCACCUUAUGUAGCACCACCUCCAGCUGUUUCACCUACUACGCCAACAGUAUCAGUAGUUGACGGUAGACGAGCAUCAGAAAGUGGUUCAGAAAGUGAACAAAGUUCUGGGGGCUCUCGUAAAGAUCGAGAUUAUAAACGUAGUUCUGUAUUGAGUAACUUCUUCGGCAGAAGAAAAAAGCCAUCGCAAUCGUAG